AUGGAGAUGGAGAAGAAGCUGCUCAAGAAACUCUGUCGGGACAACGACCUGUACGUGACGCCAUCCAUCAACGACAAACUCUAUCUGCACUACAAGGGCUUCCGCAGUAUCAAGAACCUCGAGGAGUAUACGGGACUGAAGGUUUUGUGGCUGGAAGGCAACGGCCUUCCCCGAAUCGAGGGACUCGAGCAGCAGACGGAGCUGCGCACGCUUUAUCUGCACGAAAAUUUGAUCCAGAAGAUCGAAGGGCUCGAGUCCCAGCUACUGCUCGACACACUCAACCUCUCCCAGAACCAGAUCUCCUGCAUUGAAAACCUCGGACACCUCAAGCACCUGACGAGUUUAGCGCUCAAGUCCAACUACCUGACCAGUGCAAAGGACAUCGCACACAUCCUGGAGUUGCCAAGUCUGUCAGUGUUAGACAUUCAGAGCAAUCGCAUUAACGACGUCGACAUCGUCGAUAUCCUGGCCCAGCUGCCGAACCUCAAGGUGCUAUACUUGCAGGGCAACGAAGUGGUGAAGCACAUCAAGCAGUACCGUAAAACGCUCGUGUACCGAUGCCGCAAACUCAAGUAUCUGGACGACCGGCCGGUGUUCGAUGACGAACGUCGCCGUGUUGAGGCGUGGGGGAAGGCCCUGGAGGCGUCAAAUGGCGACAUGAAAGCUGCGCAAGUAGCAGAGCGCCAAGAAAUGGACACAAUUCGUCGCGAGAAGAAAGAGCGCGACGAGAAGAACUUCCUGUAUUUCGAGCAGAUGAUGAUCGAAGGGCGGCGUAAACGGCGCGAAGAAGAAGAGCGAAAGCGCAAGGAGGCACAGAGCCCGGAGAGCGACGAGCAAGCCCAAGAGGAGAUCAAUCCAUUCUCCGGCGAGAAGAUUUUACCUGUUCAAGACUGCGCCUUCCUGCGGCAAGAGCGCGAGAGGAGGUGGGAGACGGUGGUCAACGCGCCCGAUGAACACGUCUUUGGCGGCAACAACGCUUCCAACGAAAGCAACCAGGAGGCUAACCAUGAAGCGUCUUCGCCAUCGAGGGACUCCACCCAGAUCGAAGCGAUCCCGGUUGAUGAGCGUCGCAUGGAGGUUCUGCACCAA